ACUCAAUAAAAAUCAUCAUCAGCCCCCCACCCACCCCUAGGCAGAAAUUAUGAACUGUCCCUUACGCAACAGUUUGAGAUGAGGCGGACGAACCAGUGUAGUGUGUCCAUUGAAUUUGAGGAUUGUGAAGAUUGAAAUUUGAAGAGAGAGCGGAGACCACGGUACAACUGUGUCAAGGGUUUCCGGAGAGUAGAAUUGUCUCGAGUAGUACGUGGAAUGGAAGUAGUCUAUCAGAGGGGGCAGGGGGACAUUGGGGGGAGUGCUAGGAACAGCGGAAAUGGGGGGCACAACCAGCGCUCACGUUUACAGUUAUUUGGUCAAGCCAAGAAGAAGAUUGAUUACAUCUUCAAAGAGAUUGGACAAUUUCUUCAAGAGACAGACACGUUUGUUGAUGAGAUCGGAACCACUUUUCAAGAGAUUCUGCCAGCAGAUGUUAGUGCAAAGGUCAAGGGCUAUAAGGAGAAAGUUCAAGACAUCCGAGAAGUCAUUCAGAGGAAAGGCAUGAAGGUUGUAUUUUUUGGAAGAAGUUCAAAUGGAAAGAGCACCGUCAUCAACGCCAUGUUGCGAGACAAGAUUAUGCCGAGCGGGAUUUGCCACACCACUCACUGCUUCAUCCAGGUGGAAGGUCGGGACUCCACAGGAGCCUUUCUUCUCACUGAGGGGUCCGACCAACCCAAGAACAUCAAGUUAAUCGAACAGUUGGUCCACAACCUGAGUGAUCAGAGACUCGAGUCUAACUCUUUAAUUCGGAUCCUGUGGCCAAAGGAUAAGUGUCGUCUGUUGAGAAAGGAUGUGGUGUUUGUUGAAAGCCCUGGCGUUGAGAUGUUCACUCACAAUGAUUCCUGCAUUGAAAAGUUCUGUAUGGAUGCGGAUGUGUUUGUUCUGGUGGCCAAUGCAAUGUGCACACUGACGCAGACAGAGAAGAACUUCUUCCACAAAGUGAGCUCUCAUCUUUUGAAAUCCAACAUCUUUGUACUACAGAACCACUGGGAUGCGUCCUCUAGGGAGAGGAACGUAGAAAAUAUUAGGAGGCAACAUAUGAAGAGGAGUAUUGCGUUCUUAGUGGACGAGCUGAAGGUGUGUGACAGGGAGACAGCCGAGGACCGAGUGUUCUUUGUGUCAGCUUAUGAGGCCCUGGUUUUCAGGCUGCACCAGGACAUGAGAACGCCUACCCCCAGUGGUGAAUUGCGGGUCGGGUAUGAAAAACGACUUUCCGAAUUUGACAAGUUUGAAAACCAAUUUGAGCAAUGCAUCUCCAAGUCUGCUGUGAAAACCAAGUUUGAGCACCACACUGUGAGCGGCAAAUUCAUCACAUCCGAUGUCAGGGGAAUCAUGGAGCAGGCAUAUACCACAAGUCUACAGCUGAAAACUGAUCAGGAAAACAAGCGACAGGAGCGAAAUAAUGAACUGGUCGCCAUUGAGAGGGAUCUUUUCUCUCUGGACAAUAACAUUGAGACAGAGAUCCCGACCAUUGUUAAAGAUGUGCUGAGGGAGGUCAACACAGCGCUGAUGAAGGAGACCGGCCGCCUGUCUCGCCUAGUGAAGGAAUAUGACCAACCCUUCCAUGCUGACAAUGUCAAAGAUUACAAGAGGGGAUUGAAUGAAUGUGUAAAGCAGGAGGAGAUAGGACGUGACCUGGAGGAUGCUUUCCUGCAAGGCGUCAACGAUGCUGAAACACGGAUGGCAGACAGACUGCCAUCCAUUCUACCAAACAGGACGAUAGCAAUGCUGCAUAAUCACAUUCCGGACACAGAUGUUAACCUUGACAGUCGGAAUCGGAACCUUUAUGAGAACUUUGAAGAGAACUUAGAGUUCAGGUUUUGCUCCAGCCUCCCUACGCGGCUUGAAAGAGGAGUAGUAGGGGGUGUCGCAUGCGCCGCAGCCAUUCUUCAUAGAGACACGCCGAUCGUGGGAACCACAUUUAUGUCCUUGUCAUUUCAGGCAUUGCAGGGGCUUGGACUUGGCGCAGUAGGAGUUGCUUCUGUGAUGGUUGGGAGUGUAGCAGUACCAGCAGCGGAACAGGUGUACAAAAGGUUGCACUGGACGAACGCGGCAAAAGAGAAGGCUUUCAAGCAGCAGUAUGAGAAUUAUGUCAAGAGGCAACUGACAUGCUUCAAAUCUGACUAUAGCAACAUGGUUAAGCCGAGGCUGUGGUCUGCCUUUGACCGACUGUGUCAACAGGUAGAGAGAACCAAGCACCAGCUGCAGGAGGACCUCGCGAAGCUGAAUGUCACCAUCUCACAGCUGGAGGAGAUCUCUGGCAAGUCCAAAUCUCUGAGGAACAAGGCUGACUGGUUGGAUGGAGAACUGAACACAUUUGUUGAAACUUACCUGAAGGAGUAGAGUGUAGGAAUCUAACCAGCGGAACCCUGACAGUGAAGAUCCUGAUACCCAGCCUAGUGUAGCAGGGUGACUCUCUCAACAUUGGACAGUACAACUGAGCACGGGGUGAACUCAUGGUGCAAAUACAACUCCGAAAGUUGUAUUGUUAUACAAGAGUAAUUAUUGAGCUGUCAAAACAUAAACAUGGAAUUUGGAUUCGUAACUGUGUACUUUUAUUUCAGAUAACCCCAAUCAAAGUCAAACAUUUAAACAGCUUUGAUACCAAAAGGCAACAGAGUGGUAUGGUGCCAGCAGAUUUCCGAGGUGAAAUUACAUCACCCCGGAAAUCUGCUGACGAGGUGUUUGUUAAGCAACAAGGAGGUUCUCUCCCCCCACCCCCAAGCUUGCACGAGGACGAUUUUAUUCCAACUAAUGUCUGAUCCACCCCAAUAAAUACCCCACGAGGUAGACAAUUACACCAUGUUAUAAAACACAACAGAGGCAUUAGGAAACACAUUUUCAAACAUGUUAUUCACAAUUACGUGUAAACGCGUUGAAUACAUUAUUGAACAUCGACACAUUCCUACCACAUUACGCAAUGCAAUUAUCCAGACGGUGUAUCAGACGGUUGUGUACAUCCUCGUGUCACCGUCGAAUCUAAUGGGACACUUAAUUUUUCAGGAAUGUGCACGAGGGUCUAAACCUGUUGCGUUCAAAGUCUAUUUCAUCUUCAGCACACCAAUUUUAUAACCUCAGACCACACCAAGCACACGCGGCCUUGUCCUCUCCUGGCCAGCUGUGUACCCUUCUCAACCAACUGUUCAGGCCAAUCCUUACAAGUAGCCAUCUUCUCGUAGCCGUAUAUUAUCGCUUCGUCUCACCAGUUCUGGCGUAAAUCAGGCAGCAGCUUCCUUUGUUCCCCCGAGGGUCUCCAGGAGUUCCCGCUGGUGUUCAACGUCAUCGGCUCUCGCCUACUUUCCCGGUAAUCAACGUUAGGUGUCAACUUCCUGUGCGGCAUAGAAUCCAUUACGACAUUGUCACUCGUGAAAGUCGUAAAACGGCCGUACACGUCCACUGACACACUGUCUU